CGCGCCCGGGCCGGGCGCGUGGAAUCACAUAAUUGAAAUUGAGGUGAUAUACGGUACUUGCACGCAGAUCCAUGUGCUGUGAAAGCCAAGAGAUGAGUAAGACGUGCAUUUGUUAACUAGUCGGCCAAGUAGACUAAGUCAUUUUUAGUUACUACCAUGGACAACGAAAGAAGACGUUACAAACGCUAUUUGCUGGAGGAUGGGGAAAAUUUAAUGCCCAGAACUACUGCUCUACGACGACGACGGCAACAUGAAGUGGAGCUGGAAACCGAUUCAGAAUCAGAUCAUGAUCAUCAAGAUGACGCUCCUGUGGCUGAGCAGUUGUUAGAUUUUGUUCAAAAUCAAGAUGUUUUCAGUGAUCAGGAUUCUGAUGCUCAUGCUCAUAGACGUGCUGAUUCUGAUCCAGAAUCGGUCGAUGAUGUGCCAGAUUUGCCAUCACCACACAUACACAGCAUCAGCAGUCUGAGUGAUGAUCAUCAUGAUGGCCAUUCCAACAGUAGUCAAGCAAGUGAGGAUAUUAAUCUUCAUGAAGACUGGUCAGAAGGAUCAAAUGAUGAAGAAAGGAGGCACGGCAUGUGGGAAGAGGAUGACAUUGAUCUCAACCAUGACUCUGACUCUGAUGAGGGAUCAGAAGAUGGACAAAGGAUUCCAGAAUUUGUGGAGGAGAGGAAUCAUAUGCAGGUUCCGAAUGGGAAUGAUGCUAUCUCGAGCGAUGGAAGUGACCUGACUAAAAUGGAUAGUCUCCUGGCAGUUCUUGCCUAUGCACUGAAGCAUCACCUAACAGGAGAGGCCCUUCAGGACCUGAUACAUCUAAUCAAUUUGCACUGCCCUCAGUCCCUACCACAAUCAAAGUAUCUAUUUAAUAAAGUAUUAAAUAAUUACAAGGAUACAUGUGAGUUCCACUUCUACUGUGACUGUUUUAAUUACUUAGGAAAGAUAGGGCAGCUUCCAGAAAGGUGUGAUUAUUGUGGAGAGCAUGUUGAUCAUGAGAUUAAGAUAAAAGAAGGAAAAUUCUUUUUGACAAUGUCUUUAGCCCAACAGCUAAAGUAUCUUUUGGAGAGUACAGCUGUUGGUACUACAGUUCUGAACAGAGUUAUUGAAACUGGUGAUUCCAUAUCUGACAUCACUGAUGGGGAGUUGUACCAAGAGUUGGUUACAAGUGGACUGCUUUCCAAUCCCAACAACUUAUCCCUGACAUGGAACACGGAUGGUGUGCCUGUUUUCAAAUCAUCGAGGUCAUCCAUGUGGCGCAUUUUAUGCUUGAUAAAUGAGUUGCCACAAAAAAUGAGAAGUGAGAACAUUAUUCUCACAGCACUAUGGUUCGGAGGCAAAAAGCCAGAUAUGUCGGUUUUCCUUAAACCUUUUGUAGACGAGAGUAAUAUCCUCUCUUCUACAGGCCUAAAGUGGACACACAUUGGUGAAGAAAAGACGUCAAGAGUUUUCCCUCUUGUAUGUAGUGUUGAUUCUGUAGCAAGGCCAGCUCUACAGAAUUUUGUCCAAUUCAAUGGUUUUUAUGGGUGUUCGUUUUGUAAGCAGAAAGGUACAUAUGCAGAAGGGGCCAUGAAAUACCCUUAUGUGGACCCUCCUGCAGAGAAAAGAACACCUGGUGAGACAAUGAGGCAGAGCAUACUUGCUGCAGAAUCAGGACGAAGUAUUGAGGGCGUGAAAGGAUGUUAA